AUGCAUUCCAUCACAGCUUACCGUCGCAGUGUUCAUGGUUUAGCAGGAACCUCUAAGCUCUCUGACGAACGUGUCCAAGAGAUCAUCUCCAAAGUCCUUUCCUUCGCCCCCUCGUCUUACAACACUCAGCCUGUCUGCAUUUCGCUCGCUUUGGGGGAGAAGCAUAAGGAGCUCUGGAGCAUUAUUCUCAAGGAGGCCGAGCCUGUCCUCACAUCGAUCAAUCUAGGUCUCUGGCAAAAGUUGGGCCCCAUGUUCCAAAGUCAUAAGGCUGCAUAUGGCUCCAUACUCUUCUGGGAGCGUGAGAUGCACAAGGCGACUGGUCAUAUUUUUGGCGAGUGGGGUGAUCACACUCAAGGCAUCUACCAGAUCCUUGUCUGGACUGCCUUGGAACUGGGGGGAGUGGGCGCUAACCUGCAGCACAUGAAUGCUAUUCCGGCCAUCGAGGCAACUAUAAAGAAAUUCGCGGGUGUCCCUGACGAUUAUAAACUGAAGGCCCACCUCAACUAUGGAGAUGAGCAAGCUGCUCGUCCCGAGAAACCCAUGAAACUGCCCAUUGACGAGACACUGACAAUUCUCUGA